GAUGAAAAAGCAUGAGAGUUCCCGUCACACGGUUACUAGUACCUUUGCGCUUGUCUCAGUCUCGUCGCUUCUUUUCACAAUCAUGUCCUACCCCUUCCUGUGCCAGGCGUCUUCUCAUUGGUGAUCCGUUUUGUAGAAGCGACAUAUCACGUGAUUUUUCAAGAAGUCGUUUUUUAACAAGCGUAAUACCGGUUUAUAAUCAGUCGAUUUUCGAAGCACAUGCACGCUCGUUGAUCGUGGUGCAGCGUAUCUCUCGGUGCGUUAUUAGGCAGUUCCGCUCAUCGGCUCAGGCAUUGAUUAAUUUCAACUCGGCAGUUAGGCCAGCUUUGUGCGAGUUGCGGGCAUCGUAUCUGAAAGUAUCGCUUUCAGAAACAGCAAGUAGCUUUUCGCGUUCAGUUUCGCGCGGACGCUUGUGUGGCCUCCAACUCACAACAAGGAAAAUGCACGCCGCUGCAGGAGAGGCUCAGAAUGCACCGUCACGUCGAACGUCCUGGUGCAGCUGCGCCGGCGGCAGAGACAAAGACGUGGAUGACAAAGACGACGCUGAGACUGUGGAAAAGCGCAGUCCACCGCUUGCGCGUGAAGCCGCACAAGAGGUGAAGAUCGGCUUCGUUGAUGGCGAAGAUCGGGGCCCGAAUCCGAUGCGUCCGCCACGAACGAAAGAGGAUUCGUUCUACUGGUUGCGCGACGACAGCCGCGCUUCGCCUGAAGUCCUCCAACACCUGAAAGACGAAAACGCGUACACGAGAUACACCACGACGAAAGGAGCUUUGAAGGAAUGUGCAGGGCUCGAAGAGGAGCUGUACAAGGAGCACCUGUCGCAUUUGAAGGAGACGGACGCGCGACCGCCGUACGCUUACGGCGAGCAUUGGGAGUACUACACGCGCACGGUCGAAGGACGCAGCUACAAAAUCCAUUGUCGCCGACCCCAGAGAAGAUCUCUGGCGAAAGCAGAGGAUGCUGCAGCAGCUACGCCUUCCGGAGGGGAAACAAUAGUUUUAGACGAGAACGUUGUGUCCGGGGGUCAGGCGCAGUGCGACAUCGCUUGUGUUGCAGUAUCACCGUGUCACGACUACUUGGCCUACUGUGUGGAUUUCUCCGGCGAUGAGGUGUACGACCUGCGCAUCGUGAAACCCGGCUCGACAGAGACCUUGGACGAGGUGAAAACGGUAGAAGAUGAACACAUGCUUUCGGGUAAUGUCGCGUGGAGCGCAGAUUAUAGCGGUAUUUUCUACGUGACACAGGACCCAACGACACAUCGCCCUAAUAAACUCUGGUUCCACGAAAUUGCAUGGCCUGGUAAGAACAAAAAGGACGACGUUUUCCUCUUUGAAGAAACGGAUGCGCUUUUUGUGUUGGACAUAGGGAAAACAAAAGACGGACGAUAUUUAUGUCGGAAUUCGUGCAGCAGUGAGACUACUGAGGUCACCCUGUUGAAUCUAGAAACCCUGGGCCAGAACAAGACGGGGGAGCCAGUUUUCACACAAAUUGCAGUGCACCCUCGAACCUUUGGUUUGCGGUACGAAGUAGAACACUACGGAAACAACCGGUUUGUUGCUCUCACGAACUGGGACAAAGCACAAAAUAUGAGGUGUCUAGUUUUUGAGGGAACAACAGGCGACGAAGACCAGAAAGUUCUCUCAUUUCCUGAAACGUUUGGAGGUUGGAAGGAGCUUUUUCCGUACGAAGAGAGCCGCGAAAUCGCAGGUAUCGAGGUUUUUCGGGACUUUCUAGUUUUUGAGGGUCGCGAGCUUGGGCUGACGCAGAUAUGGUGGCUCGACAUGACAGCACCAGCAUCGAGCAAACACGAACUACGCCUGAUAGAGUGGCCAGAGCCACUUUACGAAGCGAAUGUCAGCAUCAAUAAGAAUUACACCGCUGACUACUUGCGCGUGCACUACUCAAGUUUAACCACGCCCUCGACUUGGUACGAAUUUUAUCCGUCUCUUAUUGCGGAAGCAUCAGGAGCGACCCAAAAACCUUUUCUGAAGAAGGUCCAUGAAGAGCCGGUGCCGAACUUCGACGGAGGGAAGUAUACGUGUGCGCGGACGCAUGCUCUGGCUGAGGAUGGCACAAAGAUUCCGAUUAGCCUUGUGUGGAACAAGGACCAAGUUGGAGUCGCGUCGGCCGAGGAGCUCUUAAGGCGGCGCGCGGCUUCACCGCUGCUUCUUUACGGGUACGGCGCAUAUGGCUGUUGCUGUGAACCCGGUUUUGACCGUGAUGUGAUUCCAUACCUGGAUCGAGGUAUCAUUUAUGCGAUCGCGCACGUUCGCGGCGGAGGCGAGAUGGGCCGCAAAUUGUGGUACGAGGAUGGCGGGAAAUAUCUUAACAAAAGGAACACAUUUACGGACUUCAUCGCCUGUGCCAAGCACUUGGUACGCAAAGGCGCAACAGCGCCAGAGAAAAUGGCACUGGAGGGAAGAAGUGCGGGUGGCCUACUCGUAGGCGCGGUAUUGAACAUGCAGCGCGAAAGGAGAGAUGGAGAUACCAUCCCAAAGGAGAAGGUAAUCGUGAAUGUGAUUGUUUCAUCUUGCAGGUAGUUGUACAAAAGGAGAAUCGAGAAUGGUAAAGUUUGACAUUCCACCUUGAGUAGGUGGAGUCGUGAGGAUGACAUGAUAGUAUGACAUCCAUGGAGGAAGAGGAUUAUUAGCGUCUCACAGUAUGCACACCUAGUUGACUCGAUUCCGCUCCUCACAACUCUACAGAAUCUCUUUCGCGUGGCAGUGGCAGGCGUGCCUUUCGUGGAUGUUUUGACGACGAUGUCUGACAGUUCCAUCCCGCUCACGGUUGGAGAGUGGGAGGAGUGGGGAAACCCCAAUGAAGAGAAAUUUUACGAGUACAUGAAGAGCUAUUCGCCAGUUGACAACGUUCUUGGUGCCCUUGGGGAUGAAAAAGGCCAGAAAGUCGUCGGAGAUGCUGAAAAAGACAAGGAGAAUAAAACGACUGUGAUCAUCCUUGCGGGACUGCACGACCCUCGUGUCGCCUACUGGGAGCCAGCGAAAUGGGCGCAGCUCUUGCGGAAAAGAGCCGACGCGUAUGAUAAGAUACUGCUGAAAGUUGACCUCGAUGUGGGCCACUUUUCCGCGAGUGACCGCUAUCGUCACCUCAGGGAGACGAGUUUUGCUCAAGCGAUUGUAAUACGAGAACUGCUGGGUCCGUAGAGCGCAACAACGUUGAAUUGCUGCGUCGCUUGAAAUUUGGAGGCCUCGACUACGACUAGCAGAAUUGGCGGCUUCAGACCGGGGAUUGUGGCGAGGCCCUCGCCAGUCCAUCAGGUGAAAUUUUUUCAUGUAGAAGAAUGAUUCCAAAGUGAGUGGUUCAUUGCGAAUGCAAAAACAUGCCACAGCCUACUAGCUUAUGCUUUGAGUGGAUUCCCACCGCUCAUUCCGUCAUGUGGUUGUAGAUGUUGUCUUUGGGAAUAAAGUGGUGAGGUCCGUUGUUAGAAAUCGGAGGCUAAAUAAAUUGCUUUCCGCUAACACGAAGAUGAAGCACAACGAUGUAAGAUAGCAUUUUACCUUAAAAUCUAGGAAUGGUUUGCUUGUUCUUCCGCGAGAAUAGAGCGUCAUGACUAGGAAAAUGUAUUUCUUUGAUCUGCACCGGAUCUACAGACCGUACAUCGAAACAAUAAAUGAAGUCUGGCGCCCCAAUCGCGCAUUGACAAGUAGAUUCCGAAUUUCUGACGUACCUUUGGAACGCAGUGCCC